AUGACUGCGAUGCAAGGAACGCAGCGCCUGGUCGGUGGGUGGCUGAUUGCCGCCAUCACGUCCGUAUGCUCGUCGGGCUUUCUCUUGUUCGGGUACGACCAGGGCGUCAUGUCCGGCGUGGUGAUCUCCAAGUACUGGCUGGCGCAGAUGGACCACCCGAGCUCGCUCAUGGUCGGCACCAUGACUGCGCUGUACGAUGUGGGAGCCGUGUUCGGGGCCAUCGGCGCCGCUUUCACGGGAGAGCAGCUGGGCCGGAAGAAGACCCUGCUACUGGGGACCACGGUGCUGAUGGUCGGCACGGUGCUCAUGGCCAGCAGCUACGAGCGCGUCCAGUUCAUGGUCUCGCGAGUCUGCACGGGGAUAGGCAUCGGGUACAUCACGUCGGUGACGCCCGUGUACCAGGCCGAAAUCAGCGCCGCGGCGCAACGCGGCUGGCAAGUCUGCUGCCAGCUCACCACGAUGCUCGGCGGGCUGAUGAUCGCCUACUGGAUCAACUACGGCUUCUUCUUCGUGCACAGCAGCGCGCAGUGGAGGUUCCCGCUGGCCUUCCAGCUGGUCUUUGCCAUCUACAUCAUGCUGGUGGCGCCCUGGCUGCCCGACACCCCGCGCUGGCUCAUGCGACACCGCACCCCGGCCGAAGGGCUCGCGGUCCUCGCGCGGCUCCGGGGCCGCGAUGAAAAGGACCGGCUCGUGCAGACGGAGAAGGACGAGAUCAUGGAAGCCAUCGCCAUCGAGGAACAGGAGGAAGGCUCGUGGGCAGACCUGUUCCGCAACAACGGCAUCUCGGCCAACAAGCGAUUCUAUCUCGCGCUGGGCAUCCAGUUCAUGCAGCAGAUGUCCGGCAUCAACAUUGUCACAUACUACGCCCCAACGCUCUUCACCACAUCGUUGAACAUGACCCAAGAGAUGUCCAUCCUAAUGGGCUGUUUCCUGCAGCUGUGGUACAUCAUCGCCUCCUUCCUGACCUGGUACACGAUCGACCGCGUCGGGCGACGCCUCCUCUUCAUCUCCAUGGCCCUGGGCAUGUGUCUGGUAUUGGUGGCCGAAGCCAUCGCCGUCAACCGCAUCGAGGCCGCAAACUACCACGACACCUCGGCCGGCGUGGCCGCCGUCUUCUUCGUAUUCGCCUUCGAGGCCUGCUUCACCUGGGGCUGGAUGGCCACCGUCUGGGUGUACCCGCCGGAGAUCUUACCUCUGAAAAUCCGAGCAAAGGGCGCCGCUCUGGCCGCGGGAGCGGAUUUCUUGGGAAACUUCCUCGUCGUCGAGGUCACGCCUGACGGCGUCAAGAAUCUAGGCUGGAAAUUCUACAUCGUCUGGGCGGUGCUUAACCUCGCCAACGCCAUCAUCGUCUGGCUCUUCUACCCAGAAACCGGCGGCCAGCCGCUCGAAGCCAUCGACACGCUCUUCGCGGACAAGGAGCAGCGCCGACGGGCCUCGAGUCUGGGCGUCUUGCCCGAUGAUGAUGAUGAUGAUGACAUGGACGGAGCCGACACCGCGGACAAAAGGGGCCUCCUGAGCAGACUGCAGUGGAGCAUCGUGCGCAAAGCCGACAAGCAGGUCAAAGCGUACCGGCGCACUGGGGGCGGUCGACGGCGUGUCUCGGAGACGACCGCCGUGUCCGACACCACCACCGCGCGAGGAGGCGGCGGCGACGACGACGACUACGACGAGGAGGGGGACCUCGAUGGCGGAGCACGGGGGAGAAAGGUCCGUGAGGACCAGCGUGAAGUUGUCGUGCAAAAGUGA